CAAGUGAAAUGCACAGUUGCACAAUUGCAGUGCCAGCUACGAAGUUGCAUAGCUAGUCAGAUCUAAAUCAUUGAUCCCAAGUAUUCAAUGACCCGGAUCGAUCUACAUAGACUCUUAUAACAUGGUGGACUCACUGAAACACUGGCUAUAUAUAAGAGGAUAGGGUUUGCCUAGACAUCACAAAGAAUUGAAACACCAAAAGCUCCAAGCUAAGUCCAUAGCCAUGCCUGCACCAUCUGACCAUAAUGCCUCAAACUCUUUGUUACCUCACUAUCUACAAGAAGACUUUGGCACCCAAGGCUUCAGAGAACUGAUAAGUUCACUGCCCAAAGAGAAAGGAUGGCUCACUCCAAAUAUCUACAACUACAAAGGCUUCUGGUUCGGUGCCUUUCACCUUCAAGGCGCUCUGAGGUUCCAACAACAUUUCCAGGCUCAAGAUUCCGAUAUUCUCCUCAUUACCCUCCCUAAAUCCGGCACCAUCUGGUUAAAAGCUCUCAUAUUUGCAGUAAUCACUCGAAAACACUUCCUUGUGUCGCAAGAAACCCACCCUUUGCUCACAAACAACCCCCACGAGCUAAUUCCAUUUGUAGAUGUUUCUUAUGCUAGAGAAACCACCCCGGAUUUCCCUCUCAGUAAUGGGGUUAGGGUUCUUUCCACGCAUUUCCCGUACCCGUUUUUGCCGGAAUCUGUCCGGGAAAAGAAUUGCAAGCUGAUUUAUCUCUGCCGGAGCCCUAAGGACACGGUGGUGUCUUAUUGGCACUUUGCGAAUAAAAUGAGGGGAGAGAAAUCAGAGAAUAAUAAGGAAAUGAAAGAGAUAUCGCUUGAAGAGGCAGUAGAGAAUUAUUGCCGGGGAGUGAGCCUUGGAGGGCCGUUUUGGGAUCAUACUUUGGGGUACUGGAAUCAGAGUUCGGAGAAUCCUAGGAAGGUGUUGUUCGUGAAGUACGAGGAAAUUAAGGAGGAGCCCGAGGCUCAUCUGAGGAGAUUGGCGGCGUUCUUGGGGUGCCCGUUUUCCAAGGAGGAAGAAAAGGGUGGGGUGGUGGGUGAAAUCUUGAGGCUUUGCAGCUUUGAUAACCUGAGCGGCUUGGAGGUUAACCGGAGCGGUAAGGGCGUGUUUGGGAACAACAAUAGUGUGAUGUUCAGGAAAGGUGAGGUUGGGGAUUGGAGGAACCAUUUGACAGAUGAAAUGGCCAGCAGAAUUGAUCAGAUUGUUGAAGAAAAGUUCAAUGGAUCAGGGCUCAAGCCUUGAAUGAUCACAAAUUUUCAUAAGUAUGGGUGUUAUUAGGGGAAAAUCACAAGGUUCAAUCAUCACUAAAAGUGCUAGUUUUCUUUAUUUAUAAGUGUGUUCACUAUUUUUAUAUAUUGUCAAUGCAUUUCUUUUGUUGCAAAUUA